UUUCACGGGUGAUUUUCAUUUUCCCUUAGUCACGUAAGCGUCCGCUCUCGAAACGUUCGCACGAUCUACGUAGAUUAGCCAUCAAGGUUUUCAAAUUGGUUCCUCGGCUAGUGAGCCGGGUGUUCCUUUAAUGGUUCGCGCGGCGGCGCGGCUUAAUUCUUCUGGGACGCCUCUCGAGCAAUCUUGAAAUCAGGACUCGAGAUCCACUCGAGGUAUUUGCAAAUAAGACUUAUUCACAGAGGAAAGAUCAGCAGGCGGUCGUUAAAGCGGUCGUUUCUACAUACGUGUCGUGCCGCGCGGCAGUUUCCAGUUUGCAGCUCGAUUCAUAAUCAUUGAUAAUUUGCAGUUGCGGCAUUCUCAUUUCUCGCGAUACCUAAUCGGCCGGGACGAUCUCGAUCGCGCUAAUGAAUCGAGAGACUUACUUCCUUGCUUCGCGCGCGAGGGCUGAUAUUUCCUCCUUAAUCCUUUCAACAGAUAAUCGGUCGCGAUGAAUAUCGCGACCACGACGAUCGGGGUAAGACAUUACCUCGAUGACAGGUGUCUCUAACCGCAGUAACUCUCUCUCACUGUACAGCUCCAGGCCAGGAAGACCCCCAAAGCGAGCUUCCGUCGGGCUGAGCCUCGCAGCGAGCCACCUAGCCGCGGCGGCUGGCCAUCAUCCUCACUCCCUGAAGAAGCACAGACUGGACAACGGCGAUUAUUACGAGAACGGACACCUCGACGUACCAAGGAUGGAGAAAUCACCGCUUCUGGCAAAUGGAUACAAUCACCCUCCCACGCACCUGAGCCACAUGCAGUUCAUGCAGCUCGGCGGGCACCCAGGUGCAGGACACACCGCCAUCCUGUCACCGGCCAGUCUGCCGCAUCACCUGCAAGCGCAGGCACAGGCUCGGGUCGAGCAGGGUCUCAAGGUCAACCCGAAUAUGACCAACAUGGAAGCCCUCGCGAGGUCCGGGACGGUUUGGGAAAACUGCCGAGCUGCCUACGAAGAUAUUGUCAAACACCUCGAAAGGCUCCGCGAGGAGAGGGGCGACGCCGAGAGAGCGCUGGCUUUGGACCACAAACCCAGGGACCUCAGCUCGCACAAUGGCUCCUCCAACGGCCACAGCCCGGUUCUAAAUCUGUCGAAAACGGCAGGAAGCGGAAGCGUGGGCGAGCAGUCCGGAAGCGAGGCGGGCGCGUCGCACCGUUCUCAGGACGACGAGGAGGAGGAUGAUAAUUUGUCGGAGGACCUCGAGGACGACAAUGAAAAGGACGAAGAUUUGUCGGACGUACCGGAGAAUCUGCCGUUGCCAGCCCCGGGCUCGGAAAGUCCUCCCCAGGCCCUGAACUACUCGCAGAUAGCCUCGGCGGCGGUCGCCGUAUCUCAGAGCGCCCAGGACCCCUCGGUCUCGAGUACGGAGACCCUGCUGAGGAAUAUCCAGGGCUUGCUCAAGGUCGCGGCCGACAACGCGAGGCAGCAGGAGAGGCAAAUCAACUACGAGAAAGGUCAGUGGCAGGGCUUUCUUAAGACACUUGAGGGCGCUCUCCACAAUUUCAUUAUCUUCCAGCUCUCCCAGAACCACAUUAAGAGGCAUUAGUCCCUGUCCCGUCGACGAGACCCGCUACUCCUCCCCGCGUGCCCCUCUCCCCCCCCCCUCUUUAUCCAGCCUCAUCUACCGCGUCGCCUCCCUCUCACACGCUUCAAUCUUUGCGCUUGACUCGCUUGUACCGCGUUAAGACCAUGGAUACGUGAAAUGAGAAUGAUAAUAGUCGGGGAGAGCUGGACAUCCGAAAGUAAGGACCUGUAGUGUAAAGGCGCGGUGUGACGCGUACGCAAAUAAUAUACAUCCUGCUUCUUAUCUCAAUGUUAAUUUUAACGUACACACCUCGACGUUAUUUAUUGGCGCUUCCCUUUCGCGCAAGGUGUUUCGCGUCCGCGCGCAUAACGUAGGAUAUUUAUAACGUAUUAUUAUUAGUCGAAAUUUGCCCAAAAUUUCGACACGUCGAGCGGAUCCUUCGAGCGGCGUCGCACGAGUGAACCGCGUGAAUAUCUUGCGCAACGAGCAGCGUGGAUCCCGGGUGAGACCGUCGCUCGCAAAAACGUCGUUUUCGGCGCGCGUUGGGAUUAAAUUUAAGUGUCGCCGUAGCCGUAGAUAGAGUUUGUACCGUAGAUUGGUUACGAUGAAUGUAGGCGAGACCCAUUAAGAAACGAGUCGGCGCGGCGCGAGAUGACGUGCAGCAUACGACUUCUUUCUCAUUAACGCGCGUGAUAAAUCGGCCGGCGUUAUUAUUAAAUAUGUUCGUCGCGAGGUCCCGGAACGUCGGACGGGAAGGGGGGGGGAAAGGGAAGAGAGGAAGAGGUCGGCGCACGGAAUUGUUUCUCACGGUGUCGAAGUUGCCUCGGGACUGAAGCGAACUUAACGACAUAACAGACAUCUCGAUGUAAAUCCCGCCAGGCCGUUUACUCGAUGUCGAUCGAGUCGUCGCGACGCCGAUCGCGACGACGAUUGGCGGUGAAUCGCGUUACGGAUGACGACGAUAACGCGUAAGUGGCGCAAUAUAUGUACGCAUGUAUUUCUAUAUUAAUAUGCUAUCGUUACGUAAGUAAAUGAGUUGCCAUUGUAGUCGUUAGUUGUUACUGCUAGUAUGUGAUAGUUUUAUUGCCGAAGGUACAUAGUGUUAAGUGCGAACUGUAACUGUAAAGGGAUUUCACGAAUGUCUCGUAGGUGAAAUUGUGGAGAAAGGAAUGUACGAAUAAAAAG